AUGACAGAACAUCCAUUAAUGAAAUUCAUGAUAAACCUUUUCGCUCCUGUCCAAUUUAAAAAACCGUUAGGCGUACCAACCCUUCCCACCGAAUGUAUGUACCAAAUAUUUCAACACCUCGUCGAUCAAGGAGAAGCGUUGCACCCAUUCUUACUCAUAAACCGUUAUUGGUGUCGCAACGUAAUCCCAUUUCUAUGGGCUCGUCCAUUUGAACAAUUAAACCCUGAGAAUAUGUACAAGAUUAUGUUAGUUUAUCUUUCAUCACUUAAUGAUGCCGAAAAAGCUGACCUUAGGGAUUUAUUAGUUCAAAAUUCAUACGACUCUGAAUUUAUAACCGAAUUAAUGCAACAAAACAAUCCAUUAUUCAAUUAUCCUAUGAUGUUACAAGAACUUUCAAUUAAAAACUUAGAAAUGAUUGUACGUUCUUGGAUUCACAGAUGUAAUAUGGAAUUCGGUCGUCAAAUAGAUCAAAUUGAUCAAAUGGAUGUGCAAAUAAACUCUAUGACUUCAAUUUUAUGUAAAUUAUUCUUAAGAAAUUCGGUGAAUUUACGAUGCUUUAGGGUUGAUAAAUUUUCAAGCCACGAAGAUAUUCCUGAACUUUCCACUCUUCUAGAAAUUUCACCAUCUCUCGGUUUUAUAGGAUUAUCAAACAUUUCAAAACUUGAAAUUAAUUAUUCCACACAAUCUAUCUUAAAAAAUUCUUUAGAUUUAUUAAAAACUAUUCCAAGUUUAUGUAAAAGAAUUCAUACCAUGAAUAUCAAACUCCCUAUAUUCGAAAGUAGUAAUCCUGAUAUCAUCAAAGUAAUCAUUUCAAUUAUAAUUGCUCAGGACAAAUUAAAAGAAUUUAGUUUAGAAGGGGUGGAAAACGAAAAUGAUUCCCGUGAUAUAAUUCAAGCAUUACAAUCCCAUGUUCGUUCAUUAAGCUCCGUAGAAAUAGACAGUGUCAACAUUUCGACAUCGUCACUGUACGUACUUGCUAAAUGUUCGAACUUGGAAAGUCUUGCUAUAACUAAUUGUCGAGGACUUACUAUCCAAGACAUGUCAAAUACUGUAACUACCACUCCUUCAACUAUUGAUGCUUUGUGGAAUAAUAUUAAAUUUGUUAAUUUAAAGAAAUUAUAUAUUAAAAAUUUAUCAAAGAAUACCUUAAUUUCUUCUUUGAUAAUUCGAGCUGCUGGAAAAUCUACUUUACAAGAAUUAACUUUGGAUGUAAUAACACAAGAUACUAUUAAUUCUAUUAUUGAGAAUUGUCCUAAUAUUACUCAUCUUUCACUCGUAAAUUAUCAUCCAUCUCUUCAUGAUCAUUUAUUAAACUCUUUAUUUCAAACUUUAAAAAAUGUUACCCACCUCACUAUUCAAAUUCCAUCAAAAUCCUCUUCUUCAAUUUCGGUAUCGAGUUCCUCGAUCAUUUCUGGAAAGUCACUUCCAUCUUCUCUCACAUAUUUAAAACUUCAAUGUGGAUUCAAAAAAAUUCAAUUGGAUGGUUUAUUAAGUGAUUGUUGUAAUGCUAAAUUGAAAGUAUUAAUUAUUGAUGUUGUUAAAAUUUUAUAUAUGGAUAUGAAAGUGAUUACAAGCUUUAUUAAAGGACAAACUGGAUCUUCAGUAAAAUUUCUUGGAAUUGGAGGUGGUAUUGGAUGUGGUAAAGUGACAAAAGAGUUGGAAGAAUUGAAAGAAAAUUUCGGUGUCUGCGUUAUUCCUUGGUAUGAAAUUGCUAAUUGGUGA